AUGGCAGCUGCGAUGCAAGGCCCUUACGUAGGCGUUGGCCCUUCGAGUAACGAUCAGGAACCCGCCAUAGAGAUGACGAGGACACUCACUGGAAAGACGAGGUACUCAGGGCCCAAUGUCUCGCCCUUGGAGAUGUUGAAAGCCUUGCUCCCAGCAGCGCUUCUGAUAAUGGCCGUCCUCUGGAUAAACGCGUCUCACAUUUACGGCCUAUUCCAUCAUCAAGGAGCUUAUGUUCACAGGGCGAAAGUCGCGCUGGCAGACUUUGAUGGAAGCGACUUUGGCGAGGCUCUACGAGCAGCAGCAGCAUCGAACAAUGGGACUUACGGAUUUCCUACCUUUGUCAACGUCAACACCACAGGAUCGUCCCCUGAGCAGAUCCGACAUGAGGUCUUCGAGGGGAAAUAUUGGGCAGCGAUCGUUGCGCGACCCGGGGCGACGACUCGAUUCAACGAUGCCGUAAACGGUACUGCUACACAAUACGAUUCCAGUAACGUCUAUACCUACUAUGUACUAUCUGCGCGAUACUACACGCUCUACGCCUCGACAAUACUCACAUCGACUAUCACCACUACAUCAGUCGCAUCCAGCAUCUUCAACACUGAAUACAUAACAGCCCGCCUCGCCAGCGGCUCAUUUGCCAACAGCACUACUGCACUAUCCACUCUUGCGAUUCCCGCACGUGCUGUCGAAGCUCAAGCAGGAUCUCAAGACUUCGCCGACCUAGACGACAAAGCUUUCAUCAAUACCCUUGGUACCGUCUUACCCAUCCUCAUGCAAUUCUUCUUCAUCAUGGCAUGGAACGGCAUAUGCAACGGUAUGCACUUGUAUGCUGCUUACGACCUGCGUACACACAUCCUCGCCCGCCUGUUUUGGAGCACUGUUUGGCCCAUAUUCACCAGUUUAUGUACUGCGGGAUGGACUUUUGCAUUCCGCGGCUCUUACCAUAUCGAUGCGAAGAUGUUCUUUGCUUUCUGGGCUCUAACGUGGGUAUUCAGUAUGAUACAAUUCGAUGUCCUGGACAUCAUUACUGGAUUCAUACCUAUGGCAUUUGUGCCAUUCUUUUUCCUCACUUGGGUCAUCUUCAACGUUGCGGCAUCGCUUGGGCCAGAGGAAAUCCUUCAUCACUGGUACAGGAUCAGCUACUUCUUUCCAUCGCUACAUUGGUAUAAGACAUUUAUUACCAUCAUCACGCAGGGCGGCGUCAACAGGCUAUACUACACACUACCUGUGCUCGCUGCUUGGCUAGUCUUGGUGAAGCUUUUGAGUCCGCUGGCUACGAGGAACCGUGUAAGGAGGGCACAGGAGGUGUAUAAGUGGUACAAUGAAAGGCACGCUAUUGGCGGCCCUCACUAA